AUGAUGAGACUAGCUCAAACAUCUUUCGCUCUUUUGAUGAGUCAAUCCUUCGGUUUGACAAAUAGUUCUCCUAAACACCUCCGUAUACCUUCGACACUAAAGGCUUCACGCUUGGUCGAAUUCAGCAAGUAUGAAGGUCUCGGUAACGAUUUCAUCCUCGUGGAUGAUCGCGACAAGGAAGCUCCAAGCCUCACGCCCGAAGAGUCUGAGAAACUUUGCGACCGAAACUUUGGAAUCGGUGGCGACGGGGUAAUUUUCGCCCUCAAGCCUCCUUCAGAUGACUACGACUUCGCUAUGCGAAUCUACAACUCAGAUGGUAGCGAGCCUGAAAUGUGUGGCAACGGAAUUCGUUGCUUCGCGCAAUUUCUCAAAGAUCUUGGCGCAGACGCCGAAUCAUAUCAAGUGAAUACCCUCGCUGGGCGCAUUAUUCCUGUAAUGAAUGAUGAUACCACUAUCACUGUUGACAUGGGUGAGCCAGAAUUGAUUGGAGCCAAUGUUCCCACUACUUUGGAUCCAAAUUUUGAGGGCGAUUCGGUUGUUGAACAAAACUUGGAAUGCAAUGGAAAAACUUGGAAGGUCAGCGCCGUCAGCAUGGGUAAUCCACAUGCUGUUAUUUUCGUUGAUGAUUUGGAAAAGGAUAUCGAUUUCGAAAGCGACGGUCCUGCUUUGGAAGCGUGCCCUGAGUUCCCUGCGAAGACUAAUGUGGAGUUUGUUCAAGUUCUUUCAGACAACCAUCUGAAGAUGAAGGUUUGGGAACGGGGAGCUGGGCCCACACUUGCCUGUGGUACCGGGACGUGCGCGUUGGUUAUUGCUGCUAUUAGAGCAGGAAAGAUUCCUGCCGGAAACAAAGUGAGAGUUACUCUCCCAGGCGGAGAUUUGUUCAUUGAGUGGAACAGUGAUACGGACAACAAAGUCUUCAUGACAGGACCGGCAACAUUUUGCUUCUCCGGGAAGGCUGCCCUAAAAUAG